AAUAAAGCCUCGUGACACCGCCCCCACGUGGCGGCAGGAGGCGGUUAUCAUCGCCAGCAGAGGGGAGGGGCAGCAAGAGCCCUCUCUGGCUCCUUCCUGACAGCAUGAAGACCUGUGCUGUGGAAUCUGGGACAAGGAAAGCAAACAUCAUGGCCCUCACACUUUAGAAGAAGCAUGUCCUCUUGAUCUUAAAACAUCAGAAGAAAGGACAAGAUAAGGCAGAUAUUUCAACUGUCAAAUCAACAGUAAGUUACCAUUCUAAUCUUCCUGCCAUGGCUUGGUUCCAGGUGACGCUGUUUGUCUUUGCACUGCUGCUACAAUCACCACUCACUGAAGGAAAGGAUCCAGAGUUUACUUCUUUGAUAACCAACCAACUACAAGUUCAAAGAGAGAUUGUAAAUAAACACAAUGAACUGAGGAGAGCAGUUAACCCUACUGGCAGCAACAUACUAAAAAUUGAAUGGAGCAUACAAGCAUCAGCAAAUGCUCAAAAGUGGGCUAAUAAGUGUACUUUAGAACACAGUAGUCAAGAUGACCGGAAAACCAAUUUGAAAUGUGGUGAGAAUCUCUAUAUGUCAAGUGAUCCUACCCUCUGGUCAACUGUAAUUCAAAGCUGGUAUAGUGAAAAUGAAAAUUUUGUUUAUGGUGUAGGAGCUAAACCCAAUGCAGCUGUCGGCCAUUACACUCAGCUUAUUUGGUAUUCAUCAUACAAAGUUGGAUGUGGAGUUGCUUACUGUCCCAAUCAAGAAGACCUGAAAUACUUCUAUGUUUGUCAUUACUGUCCUAUGGGUAACAACGUAAUGAAAAAGACCACCCCGUAUCAACAAGGGGCACCUUGUGCUAGUUGUCCCAAUAAUUGUGAAAAUGGACUGUGCACCAAUAGCUGUGAUUUUGAAGAUUUACUUAGUAACUGUGAAUCCUUGAAGACUACAGCAGGCUGUAAACACGAGCUGCUCAAGGCAAAGUGUGAAGCUACUUGUUUGUGUGAAGACAAAAUUCAUUAACAUGUCCAGUGCGCAGCAUGAUGGAUCACAUGAGAAAAGAGUACAGACUUAGUUGAGACAUGAUGGGGAAAACCUAUAGGAGAUUUAGUGACACGCUGCAUCCCAAUGACAAGGCUUCUUUCCUUCCUGGAUUUAUACAGAAAUCUCUUUCAGACCAGCCAUUAAAAAAGGUAUCAUUUAGGAUGACAACUUUGGGUUUGGACCACCUUUGCUGCUUUACAUGUAGUGAAUUGAAUCAAGUGGAGAAUUCUGAAAGUUGUACCAUUACAAGUAAUUCACUUCUAGAAAUUUGAAAAAAGAAAACUAUUUGUGUCCUAAACCAACCUGCAAAUGGAAGAAUGGGCUGUAGUUACAAACCAUCAACCUACUUUAUAGUGCCUACUAGGAUGAAGCUUGACAUCUAUAUUUGUCUCGUGUCUUCUUACUUAAACACAAAUAAUCAUCUUUUUCAAUAAAGAACUCAAGCAACCACAAA